AAAAAUACUCAAAAAUAGAUCUCACAUCAUACCUUAAUACACGCUAGCAAACCAUUUCCCAAGUUAGGACCCCAGGUCCUUAAAUAAUUGUUAUGACCAGUCAAAGUCAUAUUAUUAAUUUAUUAUACAUAAUCCGAACAGACUUUGUCGUUGUUGGCCUCUAGUGUAAAGCUUAAUUAAUUCAUCAUAUCUCUCUAUACCUACCAAAGAAAAAUAAAACAAAGGCAUAAGAAAUUUAACUUUAGUCCUCAAGCCAUGUCUUCACCAUCUUCUUCUUCCUCUAGCUAGUACUAAUUGCUCUUCAUCCACUUCUUCUUCGAUUGAUCCCAUGGUGGCCUCUUCCGGCAGCUGCGUGUACUACGGGCCAUGGGAGUACGACGUGUUCCUGUGCUUCCGUGGCGAGACGCGUGGCUCCUUCACCAGCCACGUCAUGGCCGCGCUGUCGGAGAAGAAGAUCCGGACCUUCAUCGACACCAUGCUGGGCAAAGGAGAGAGCAUAGCGGAGCUUCUUUCCGUCCUCAAAAGAUCGGCGGUGUCGGUGAUUAUAUUCUCCGAGAGGUUCGCCGACUCGCCCUGGUGCCUCGACGAGGUGGCCACCAUCGCCCGGAGCAUGAAGGAGUUCGGCCACCGCGUGAUCCCGGUUUUCUACAACGUCGACCCGUCGGAGGUCGACGGCGACACGGGAAGCUACGCCGCCAUGAUCGAGAAGCACUCCGGCGGUCGGUACGGUGACCCGAAGGUGAAGUUGAAGUGGAGGGAUGCGUUGAAGGAGAUCGUUGAUAAGGCCGGCCUUACUUCUCACGAGAUCAGGUUAGACUCGCAAUUAAUAAAGGCAAUUGUAGACAACGUGCUGAAAGAGCUAAUCAACAUGUCUCCAAGCCUCGAGCCAAAAAAUUUAGUGGGCAUUGAUUCUCGUGUGUGGGAGGUGGAGCGACUGCUCGAUGUCAACCGCUCCGACGACAUUCGAAUUGUCGGGCUCUGGGGGAUGCCUGGUAUUGGCAAGACCACUCUAGCUCGAGCCUUAUACAGACGACUCACCAAUUUCUCCAAAGAAGACGGCUACAAGCACUAUUUCGUCCCAAAUAUCAAUGCCAAAUGGAAAGGGCAACGAGAUGGCUUGGAAGGACUACAAAAGGAGCUUUACUCAACCCUCAUCUCCGAGCAGGACCAAAACAUCACCAGCCGAGACUUGGAAACAAGUUACCGCAGGGCUCGACUAUCCCGGUUGAAGGUUUUCAUUGUCCUGGACGACGUUGAAGUUUUGUCCCAACUAGAAAGCUUACUCCUCGGUGAUUUAUUGAAUCUCACGAAGUUGUUUGCGCUAGGGAGCAGAAUUAUUGUCACGACGAGGAACAGGAAAGUUCUUGAAGUUGCAAUGGCUAGGAUAUACCAUGUGGAGCAACUAAGCCCUCAAGAGUCGCUUCGAUUUUUUAGCAUGUACUCUUUCAGACACGAGACACCACCAACCAGCAUAAGGUACCAGUCAGUUACAGCAGUCGGAUAUUGCCAAGGAAACCCUUUGGCUCUUAGGGUUUUAGGGUGCACGCUCUUUAGGAAGAGCGAGAGUUACUGGCAAAGUUUCUUGGAUGGGUUACGGAAGAAUCCAAAGCGGGAGAUUCACGAUGUUCUAAGGAGGAGCUACGAUGAGCUCGGAGGGGAUGAGAAGAGGAUGUUUCUUGACAUUGCUUGUUUCUUCCGUAGGAAUUACUCCAAUCGAGUGGAGGAUCUUAUUGAUAAGGCAUUGUUGAUAUGUGAACACCAGUCCAAUAGCAACGACGACGAGUUGAUCAUUGAGAUUCAUAAUUUGCUACACGAAAUGGCUUGGAACAUUAUUAGUGAGGAAUCCGAUCUUGGGAACCGCAGUCGUCUUGAGAAUGCAGAGGAUGUCCGCAAGUUACUCACUGCACGGAAGGGAGCGAGAACUACAGAAGGCAUAAACUUGGACUUGUCUAAAGCAGAAGAGAUGCACUUGGGAUCCGAUGCAUUUUUGGGGAUGGAUCGACUUAGAUUUCUCAAAUUCUCAUGGCCAGAUUCUUCGUCGUCUUCAUCCAAAAAUAAUGCACGUACUUGCAAGAUCCAUCUUUCGGAAUCUGGCCUGGACUUACUCCCUCAUGAGUUAAGGAUGCUAUGGUGGGAUGGAUUUCCUUCGUCAUCUUUGCCUUCAAACUUCUCUCCUAACAGCUUGGUUGAACUUUGUAUUCGCCAUAGCCCUCUUGUACAAUGUUGGGAUGGAGUUCAGGACUUUGUGAAUUUGAGGUGGUUUGACCUAUCUUAUUGUGCCAACCUCAUCAUCGUCCCUGAUCUAUCGAAAGCCACACAUCUGGAAUCUCUCAAACUCACAGGAUGCAAGACCAUAGUUGAGCUACCCUCCUUUGUCGAAUACCUGGACAAGUUAACCUUAUUAGACCUCGGAGCCUGCGAAAAUCUAGAGAUCAUCCCACCUAAACUAGACUCCAAACACCUCAAACACAUAAUUCUCUAUGAUUGCAGGAAAAUCAACCAGUGCCCCGAGUUCACAAGCAACUGGGACACCCUAGACGUGCGUGGCACCCCAAUCACAACCCUCCCUAUUGCAAUCCACAAAGUCAAAGAAGCCCGAAAGCUAAGCCUCCACGGUGAAAGCAUAACCAGCUUGCUAGAUGGAUUCUCUGCAUCCAUCAAGGAGUUUCGACUGUGCCACACCGCCAUACAAAAGAUAUUGCCAAGCGAUCAUCAUGAUUUUCUUCUUCCGAGAAUCUCUCGUUUGGAGCUGGUCGGGAACUCGAACCUUGCCACCUUAUCCAAAAACCUCUGGAAAAUGGUGACAAAAGAGCUCCUCAUCAUGGACUCCCAAAUGUUGAAAACAAUUCCAGAAAUCUCGAUCGUCGACUCGAGCUUGAAGGUGCUUGUAGUAGAAGACUGCAGAGCUUUCAGGCGCCUUCCUUCCAGCAUCAGCAACCUCAAGUCGUUGGAGGUACUAGCUUUGAUUGGUGCAGCUGUCAGAAUGUUGCCUUCGUCUAUACAAGAACUGGACCAGCUUCGCACGCUGGACUUGACUAAUUGCAAACUGUUGGAGUCUAUACCCGGUGCGAUCAGCAGGCUCGAUCGGCUCUCUCAACUCUAUCUACUGGGCUGCGAGAGCCUUCGUUCUUUGCCCGAACUUCCGCUCAAAGUGAAGCUUUUAGUCGCCAGUAAUUGCAAGUCGUUGCAAACAGUUUCGAGCAACAACUUUAGCAAGCUCCAUUUCUUGAACCUCAACUUGGUGGGUUGUCUCCAGUUAGACCGCAAGUUGCUCCGAAGAAUGCUGGCGAAACUGCCGCUCCAGGAUGUCUCUCAACGAACUUUGUAUGGUGGUGGUGCUGGAGGUGAGAUACCUCCGUCAACGGUAUUAUACCCAGGGAGCGAGCUUCCAGAAUGGUUCCCGAAUAAAAGCAUGGGACAUUUCGUGACGGUUCCUCUGCCGAGAAACUGCAAGAGACUGAAGCUAUUUGCGUUCGCCGUAGUCUAUUCUCCGGAGCCGCCUGUUUCCGGCGACGAAGAGAAGACCGAUAUGCACAUGCACAUUUCAAGCGAAUGCUUCACGAAACCCGGCUGUGGUGGCGGCCACGGGUGUGGUGGGAGCGAUGAAUUGGUUGUUGGCGGUGGCUCGAGUACUAGUACCGAUGCGGUGGCGUCGUGGAAUAUAUGUAUGAAUGUGAUGGGAAGCUUCAACGGCGGUGUGGCCACCGACCAUGUCUUUCUGUGGCUUCACCACAGAGCUGGAGAAGAUCGAGAAGACGAGGAAGAGGAAGGGAAAGCUUGGUAUCUGAAGGAUUCUGGACGAGACGUUUCGUUCCGUUUCAGCCUUCAACUGAAACGUGGAGAGAUGAAGCCCUGCCAGAUCAAGAGGUGUGGCGUUUCCCUUGUGUUUCAUACUAAUUUUGGAAAUCUUUGAUUAUUACAUCGAUAAUUGUGUUGGAAUGUUGAUAAUAAUUGACCCCUUAGUGCUAGCUUGAAGAUCAUCUGUGAUUUAAAGCUCCAAUUUAGUUAUAAUGGGUACACGUACGAUUGUGGUCUGUAUGGAACAUGAAGUUCCCAUGUAUGUGUUGUUAAUGUGGAGAGGCCUUGCGGUUAGGUUAGUGACUUACCACAUGUGGUUGUGCAAGUAAAUGGUAUAAAAUUUAUUCUAUUACUACUUGAUAUGAUAUAAUUUUCAUUUUCUUAAGGUUUUGACGUUGUAAGAAUUUUUUUUUUAUGAAUGACGAUACGUUGUAAGAAUAUUGACAUUAUAGGAAUCUUGAUAGUAAGGAUUUCGCCUUUUUAUUAGGCUGAUAUAUGUUUACUUUUUGUAGUCAAGUGUUAUUUAAAGAAUUCGAACCUAUAACCUACUUGUUCAUUGUCAUAAACCCUACUCUAACACGCCCCCUCAAACGAAAGCCAACUCACGGGAUUGAAGUUUGCACUUUGCACAUGCCCACUAUACCUUGUGCUUUAAUCAACUGUUAAUAUUGGGGCUCAUGGAGUUUCGAACACACGACCACUUGGUCAAACCAGCUCUGAUACCAUUUCAUAAACCAGUUUGUUCCAAUAACUCGAGUUGUUGGGAGAAGUUUAUGCUGGAUUUUAUACCAUACUCUAACAAAACUAGCGGUAUUAUCACUAGACCAAACUCUUGCUUGCUAGAAACAUGUUAGUUGAAAUGUUUUAAGUUUUGAUCGACAUAAAAGAAAGUUUUCAAAUUAAAUAAAUACAGCUAGUAGGAUAUACUAAACGAAAAUUGUUAUUCGUGCGAGGAUAUAUUAAAAGGAAUUUGCUUAAUAAUAUAGAAAACGGAUUGAUUUUAGAUUUAUUUACAAUAUGAAAACAUGUCACGAUAGCUUAUGGAAAGUAAACUGGUAACUAGUGGACAAUUUUCUUUCUAGAAAUUGUAUUAGUCUAAUAACAAACUUGUAUAAUUUUUAUAAUUUAAAUAUUUUAAUUAUCUGUACACUUAUUUGAUUCUUAACUCUUUCUAUUACCAAAAAAAAAAAAAAAAUCUUUACUCUUUCACGUUUUGAAAUCAACAAUGACUAGAGAUGACAAUGGGGCGGGGGCGCGGGGCGGGUACCUCAAUUUCCACGCCUCGCCCCACGCUACUACGGGCCGGGGUGGGUAAAACCUGCGCAGGUACGGAGCGGGUCGACCCACUAUUACAUGUUGUUAAAAAAAAUACAAGUAAAUUUUACUUUUUACAAUAAAACGUAGGGAAAAACACUUUAAGAAUGAAAAAUAUUGAUAAUAGAAUGGAUAAUUGAGCCUAACAAGUUGAAAGAUCGACUCUAACUAGUUAAAGAAAAGUCAAAAUAGGAGAAAUAUGUAUAGAUAUUGUAAGAAAUUGAGAUAAAAUGAGUCUACAACGGGUGGGACGAGUCGGAAGUAGAUACCCAUGCCCCGCCCCACGCUGCUGCGGGUCGGGUAAUACCCGCCCCAUCAUGGGUCAGGUCGGAUAAUACCCGCGGGGCGGGUUGAAAUUACCAUCACUAACAAUGACACCUCUUAGUUGAUUCCCUUGGUCAGCCAUUGCAUAGGUUCAUAAAUAAAUAAAUAAAAUUAAACGACAUAUAAUUCAAACGACAUAUCUUCCAACAAUAUUAAACUUCUCUCAAACCACUAGUUAUUAUCAUAUCAUCAAAUAAAAACCAGCUCGUCCUAAUAUCUCAAAUGAUUGGGAGUUUCAAACAUAAAGCUAAAACGUUUUCUCUUCCUAAUUAACAUGCAUGACAUGACUGAUGAUGCUUAGUUUACCAUCCAAUUACACAAAAUGGGACUUAUAAUAACACUUUGAAGUAACA